AUGAUCAGGGCUCUUGGCUGCGCGUGCAGGAGGAGCCGGGAAUUCGGGGGUCCCGGCCUAUAUAUGCUGUGUGCGCGCACAGCUCGGGUCGAUAGGUCAGCCCGAGAGAGAGCCUCAGGAGAGCCCACCUGCGCUCAUGGCUUCUCUCCUGUUCCCGCCAAACUGACUAACUCAACCCCCUUCAGGAGCAUGGGCCUCGGGCCCGUGCUGCCCCUCACGAGCCUCGAGAACGUGCUUUUCUUCCUCUUCAGCAUCCUGCUGGCCACGGCCAUCAUCUUCCUCAACGCGUCCGUGUUCGCCUCCGUCCUGCUGAGCCGCUCGCUGCGCGCGGAGAACCGAUGCAUGUACAUGCUGAGUACGUGCCUGAGCGACGUGUGCUCCGGCGUGUCCUACUACUACUGCGGCGUGCUGGACGUGCGCGACAGCUACGACUCGCCCACGCGCACCUUCUACAUCGCGCCCACCUUCCUGGGCCUGUCCUACAUGGCCAUCCUGGCGGCGCAGGCUGACCGCUACCACGCGGUGGCCGCACCCUUCACCUACGCGCAGCGCAUGACCCGUGGGCGCACGCUGGCAGUCAUCGCCGCCUACUGGCUCUACGCCUUCGUCAUCGUGGCCGUCAACAACCUGGUGACGGUGGGCAUCGCCAAGUCAGUCACGAGCAUCGGCACGUUCGUCAGCAACAUCUUCACGGUGGUCAUCAUGAUCGGCCUCAACGUCAGGCUCUUCUUCAUCGCCAAGUACCAGCUGGAGCGCGAGCCCCCCAGCGCCGAGCGCGAGACCAAGCGCGCCUCCAUCUACCUGAUCGUCGUGGUGGCCGUGUGCUUCCUCAUCGCGUGGCUGCCCAUCUUCCUCCACGUCAUCGUGUGCAACUUCACGGGUGCCACGUGCUACACGUUCCGCAACGAGGGCACGGACCCACUGCGCGUGCUGCCGCGCCUCAACGCUGCUCUCACUCCGGUCCUGUACAUCCGGGGCUGCGCGGCGCUCAGACACACUCUGCUGACCAGAGUGUGGAGAGCGUGCUGCAGGGCCAGAGGGGUUAAUCCUGUGGGUGGGCAGAAAUCCAUCGUACCCAGUGGUCAGGCUGUGUCCGUGGUGUGCAAGACUUGA